AUGGCCCGGCCUAGGUUAGUUGGUACUACCGAAGAGGAGGCCGCGCUUCGCGACGCAAAGCUUGCUGCUACGCGGGAGAGGCAGCGGCAAGGCUCAGCAGACCCUGCACGUGCUGUAAAGAUGGUCGAGAACAAGAGGCGGCGACGCGGUGAAGACCUCGAAUAUGCCAAACCAGGCAUGCGCCGCCACGGGAUCAGCACACUAAUGGAGAUGGUGAUCAUCGCUGGCUUUUUCUACGCAUUGACUUAUGUUCAAGAAAAGCCUGAACCGCUCAGCAAGGAUUCUGAUGAGAAGGACGCAAGUUCCGCCUUGACGGCCCCGUCUAAGGUGACGGAUAUUGUGUAUGCACCUAAAAGUGACUACAACGAGAAGCUCAUGGAUGCUGUGGCCGACGAGAUCUUUCGUCUCGUGACUUCUCAAUCUUCUUACUGGAACCCCGAAGUCAACGCAAGCACUGCAGGAGAGGUCAAAACAAACAAGGACCCGGCCCGAUUUGAGGAACUUCCACCAGACAGCAAGGUUAUCAUUGAUAUCAAUGGCCUCACCAAGGUUUUUGGUUACAAGCCAGCGUUAAGCGGCCUUGACUUGAAAGUGUACUCGUCCAGAAUCACAGUGCUUCUCGGCCACAAUGGAGCAGGGAAGACGACAAUGAUGAGCAUUUUGACAGGUAAGAGGAAACAAAUGAUCACUAUGAAAUUGCAAAGCUUGUCAUUGAAAGCAGUCGAAAGCAUUGAACAUUCACGAAGUGGCACAGCCACAGUCUGCGGUUACGACGUCUCUGCGCAACGUCAGAAAGUGCGCGAGAAGGUCAGCUUCUGUCAGCAGACAGACAUCUUCUUCGACGACAUGACUUGCUUCGAGAACGUCCUCUACUUUGGAUCGCUCAAGGGAGCACGAAGAAGCCGUCUUUACCAAUCCGCCACGGACACACUGCGCUUAGUCGGUAUUGGAGACAAGGCUUACAGCAUGCCCAAAGAGCUCUCUGGCGGAAUGAAGAGGAGGCUAAGCAUGGCCAUGACCCUCGUUUCAGAGCCAGAUCUCCUGAUUCUCGAUGAGCCUACGGCGGGCAUGGAUCCGGAAACCAGGCGGAUCGUGUGGGACGUCUUGCAGAAAGUGGCAAAGCAGAGGACACUUCUUCUCUCCUCCCACGACAUGGAGGAGGCUGACGCCAUUGCCGACCAGAUAGUCAUCAUGGCUGCCGGCAGUGUCGUGUGCACUGGAUCGACAACGUUCCUCAAGAAAGCAUGUGUAGUGGACGACGACAAGCACGAAGAAGUGUGCAUCGCCUUAGGUACCAUGGAAAACAAGCAGUUCCCAGGGAUGUUCAAGACUCUGGAAAGUUCCAUGGGAAGACUUGGCAUAUCGAGCAUAGGAGUCAGCGUCGCCUCAAUGAAAGACGUCUACUUGAAGAUCAACAUGGACUGGGCACCUGGAGGAAAGGGCCGAGAAGAUCCUGUGGACGCAAAAGACAUCGAAGCUGUUUCUAGGCCCAUCAACAAGCACCGCACAAUGGCACGAUCGUUUGGCGCCCUGUUUUACAAGCGACUACUAAGCCUCGUGCGCAGCUGGGAUCUCUACCUCUUCUUCUUCCUGGGGCCACUUGCAAUUUUAGCGAUGGGUACGUGGCUUGCGCCACAGCAGAGCCUAUUGAAGACUUUUGAGAAGCAGAAGGAGACCCUGGACGUUCCGAUCGGACUGAGCACCCAAUUCCCGGACUCAACAGUCGUGCUCGGCGAGGCACCGGCCACCAAUGUGAGCAAUGCACUAAGGGUACUCAUUGAGUCCCAGGGCUGCACCGUGCGCACCACCAAAGACGUCAAGAAGGAGCUCAGCGACAUUAUGGAAGAUGACUUCGCAGGGUACAUCAUGACCUAUCCAAUGGCCGUGGCAUUUCAGUCUACUGCCACAUCUCCAAUUGUCAUGAACCUUGUGUACACCGCCUGGCUGCGAGUACUCGCGGCGCAGCCGACGCUGCAGAACAACAUCACGGUUACUUACCUGGUCGCCAUUCCGUUCGAGCCCAUAUUACUCGUUUUCAUGUCCAGAGUACAGGGCUGGUUGUACUGGGUGAUUUUGGCGGCCCUGACCUACACGAUGUCGUUCGCCGCGUACGCCUCGUUUCCGGUGGACGAGCGACUGAGCGGCGCUCGGGAUGUGCAACUCAUGACGGGCAUCUCGGGCACCGAGUUCAUCUUUGCCCACUUCGUCUUCGACUUCGUUUGCCACUUCAUCUACUGCGUGGCAUGGUGCUUCAUUCACUACAUCUUCAGCUUCUACUCUUUAGGCACAGCCGCUUUGCUCUUCAGUGCCCUUUUGUCGUUUGGGCCAGUUGCUAUUGGCGCUUGCUACGUGAUGGCGGAGUACUCGAGUGCGUCAGGCUCUGCAGUGGCUACGGUUUUCCUAUUGUUCUACAUUGGAGGUGCCAUCGUCACUGCAGCAAGCGCAUUCUUGGCUAUCUUUGACACGCCAGUAUACACGCAAGAGCUUCUGUACGCCGUGCCUCCAUACGCUCUUCUGUCCCUGCUUAACAAGAUCUGGAAUAACGAGGACAAGAGCCUGCAGUGUCAGGAACUGCACAAGGAGGGUAUCAAGUUACCACAAGGUAUCGGGCCAAAUUGCGAGGAAGGUUUACUGGAGUUCAGUACGGACGGAGUAGGCUUCGAGUUUGCGUUCCUUCUCGCGGAAGGCCUGCUGUUCCUGGCUUUUAUGAUCUUCAAGACGUCGGGCUACUUGAGUGCCGGAGACAACUCCCCGGGACAGGAGGAGGCCGCCGACGAGGACGUCGCCGAGGAGAGGAAGAAAGUGGAAGCUGCGAUUCAAAAAGGAGACUACGUCAGUAACUCCAUGCUAGUAUGGAGAUUGCACAAACAUUUCGGCGACUUGCAUGCUGUCAGGGGAAUCUGCAUGACACUUCAGCCGUCCGAGUGCUUCGGCCUCCUCGGCGUCAACGGCGCGGGCAAGACCACUACGUUCCAGAUGUUGGCCGCGCUCAUCAGUGCGUCGUACGGCGACGCGAGCACUGCGGUGGCCAAGCUCAGCGCGAACGCCCGAAGGUGGCAGUCGCAGAUCAGUUACUGCUUCCAACUGGGUGGCCUGUUGGACAGGCUAAACGCGUACGAGUACCUAUACCUGGUCGGUCGGCUGCGAGGCAUCGCCGAGAGCGACUUGAAGCCCAUGGUCGACAGCGUCAUAACAGUCGUCGACCUCACGGAACAUGCUUCAAAACAAUGCGGAGUUUACAGUGGCGGCAACCGGAGGAAGUUGUCCAUAGGCGCUGCGCUGUUGGGCCUUCCGCCGUUCGUCUUUCUCGACGAGCCGUACGCUGGCGUGGACGUCGUGUCUCGAAACAAGAUAUUUCGAGCCAUCGCCGAGAUCAAGAAGCGCUCGAAGACGACUUUCGUGCUCACGUCCCACAACAUGGACGAAUGCGAGUUUUCCUGCGACCGCAUUACGAUCAUGGUCGCGGGCCACAUGAUGUGCCUGGGCACGCUCCAGCAUCUACGGGAGAAAUUUGGCAAGGGCUUCCGACUGGAGUUCCUGCUCAAGCACACUGCUGCAGCAGACGCGCCCAAGCUGAACGCAGCUGUGCAACGGCUCUUCAAAGGAAUCGAACUAAAGCAAUGCCUCCAGAACCUGCUGUGCUAUCACCUCGCGGUGAGAGUCCCCUGGAGUGAGAUCUUCACCAAGGUGGUGGACCUCCAGAAGGACUUCCAACUGGAGUACGCUCUGGUCGCUGAGAAUACCCUGGAGGAUAUCUUCCUAAACUUUGCCAAAGCGCAAGAAGCAGCCCCAGUGGCGGGUAUUGGGGAUGCUGCCGGUCCAACAGCAACCCCGCGGCGCUCAUCUUCUACAGCGCCCUCAACAACCAAAGCGACUGCUACGGCCUCCACAUCCCAACCUAAACAGUAG